CGCAAAUCAGACGUCACCAUUGUAAAUAAUGUCCCUAUAGCUCCCAACACCAAACUUGAGCUCACGAUUGGGAUAUCGCAUUACAGAAUCGGCUUCUGAGCCAUAUACCGACAUGUCUUCUCGAGGCGACAUGACUCUGCCGGCUGCGCGGCCGAAGUCGCGCAAAUCGCUGGCUCAUGUGCCUUCCUCUAGCUCAACAAUGGACAAGGAGAAUAUGACGGCAGAUAUUGGAGCGAUGGUGGACAGCAACAAGAGAGCUCCAGGUGCUGGAAAAGCGGCAAAGAAGUCCCGCAGCAAAAGCAUAGGCCCUGGGGGUCUUGAUGCGCUCAUGAGCAGUUCUGGCAACAGACGCAAGUCAAUUGCUGCUCCUCCACCAAGGUCGAUUCUGAAGCCCACUAUUGCUCCUCUGCAAGAGAUACCGGCUCGCAAGCCAAGCCCCAGGAAACCAGGCCAGCAGGCGACGGCGCAAUCGAGCUCCUUGAGAGACGCCACGAACGAUGAUACUGCGGAUCCGUUUACGCUUCUGGAAAGCACGACUACAUCAGAUAACAAGGUUAUGCUUCGUACAGAGGAAGAACAACAAGCCGCCGCCAGAAAACGCGACAGUGAUGAAGCCCAAGAUAAAGAGAAAGCUCGACGAGAUGCUCGUCGCAAGUCGUUAGCAGCACGCCGUGUGUCCUUCGCUCCAGAGGCAACUCUCCAUACCUGGGAUGUGGUGGACUACAUGCAGGACUCGACCACUUCCUCCAACUCAACCAACUCAACGCGUCGGAACUCUUCCGCCUCCAAUGGCACAAUCGGCUCGCCAAACACUCAAUCUGGACCAUUCGGUUCUGAUCCAUCGGAACCUCCUUCGACGCCUCCUGAGCAAGUUGAGGACAAAGUAUCGGAAUCGGAAACUCCUGAUGACCAGCGCGCACUACACCAGAAGAAACGCAGACGAAGCUCGGGCAUACCGCCUCUUAACUUUAACAACCCUGACGACGAAUUCUUUUCUUCCAGUCCGUCCGAGGGGAGCUCAGUGGUUGAAGGCGCAAAUGAAAACUUCAACGAGGACGGCUCUUCGGACUCAAACAGCGACUCUGACGAUGAUGGUACGGCAAUGUCGAUCGACAUGGGAGAAGGUACAGACAUGUCCAUGGCAUCUGUAAAGUCAUUCGCAAGCGAUGGGUCUAGCGUACGCCUAGAAAGGGCUUUACAGCUAGCGGCACAACAAGCCGGUACACAGGGAAUUGACUUUGAUGAAAAUGGCCCUCUGGGCAUUGAAGAGGAUGAGGACGUUGUCGCCUCCUUUGCGCCUUGGUCACAGAGGUCUGUGGCAGCAAAUCUCGAGUCACAGACAGACCAAGAAAACAUCAACCCGUUUUCACCAGCGUUCGCUGUUGCUGGGACACGUCAACAGGACGCGAAUGAUGAAGACGAUGGCAUGACGAUGGAAAUGACGCGCUCAGUUGGUGGUAUCCUUCAAGCUCCUGAAUCACAACUUUCCGAUGAUGACGAUCAGUCAAUGGACAUCACCAUGGAUAUGACUAGGGCAGUAGGUCGUAUUAUGCCUACUGAGCAGCCUGAUGAAGAUGGCACCAUGGAGAUGACCAUGGAAAUGACGAAGGCCGUUGGUCACAUCUUCUCAGCACCAGUGCACGAUUCAUCGCCUCAGGAAUCCGAUGAGGAGAUGACUAUGGACAUGACUGUUGCCAUUGGUGGUAUCAUUGGUAAAGAUGCUCAGCCCAAGAAUAGGCGCCAAUCAGUCCGGAGACGGAGCACUCGUCGCAGGUCUUCUGUUGAAGACUCAUCUCUUGGCGAUGAGACCAUGGAUUUCACAGUGGCUAUGGGCGGUAUUCAACCAGCUCAACCCGCAACACCUAAGACUGCACCUCUUUACCCAGACAUGAAGGCUGCGUACAACGAGAUUGUUGCACACCCACCAAGCAGCAUUUCGAGGCCAGAAGCCAAACGGAUACUGGUCGAAGAGGUUGAUCAUGCAGAGGUUCUCAGUUCUCCUUUCCAACCAGAUGUGCCAUCGUCUAUUCAACGCCCAGUUCCAACCGCCACUACUGCUUCCGAAACGGGAAGCCCUAGUAUUCAUGCCUUCAGAGGCAAAGGUCUACGCAGGAGUUCCGGCCUCAGGACGUCCAUGACCCCCAAGACAUCUUCGGCGAUCACAGAUGCUGUGAAGUCAGCGGCAACACCAAGCCCUCUUCAAAAGCCAACCACGCCUUCCAAGCAAGCCACGCCACAGUCGGUGCGGCCAACCACUCCUGGGAAAACUCCUCCGUCAAAGAGCAUUGCAAUGCGCACUGGUUCGCCACAGCGACUAUUCGAAAGAGAGACCAAAGCCGCCAAUGCAUCUCCCAGGUUUACACCAAGUAAAAAGCCAACCACACCAAACAAACUCUUUCAAAGGAAUGUCGAUAACAACAUUGCCACCCCAAGCAUCAUACUCAAGCCCCAGAGUAGGCGCUCUUCAGGUGUUGGGAUAGACCGGCCAGGGCUUGGAUCUCCUCGCGUCGCUGCGAUUCUUGAUCGUCGCGGCUCAAUUGGGGACCAAGCGUCCUCAUUCCAGCCAAGUAGAAUGGGCGAUGCUGCUCGUGUUAUUCGCUUUAACGAUGCCGAAAUCAUUGAACAUGAGGUAGAUAGGGAGCGUGAGGAAGAGAGGGACCGCGAAGAUGGGCGCAAAGUCAUGGAGAGGGAGGCCGACAUGUUGGAUGACGAAAAGGAUGCAACUGUCAACCUCAAGGAAAUGAUUCAAAGCCUCACCCCAAAGAAGCGACCCCUAAAAGGCCGUAAGAGCUUGCAUGUUGGAGCAGCCAAAGGUAUCCUUGGGAAGCGCCCUGCGGAACUUGACGACGACGAUGAAAACGGCGAUGAUGAUGAGGGCGGUACCAAGAGACUAAAGAACUUCGAAGGUAGCCCCGUCAAAAACGUGAAGCUAAGAGCACCUCCAUCAAAAGAAGAGACAACUGGCCGUUUAACACGCGCAGUCCGCCGAAGCUUGGAAUUCACAAGUGGAAAUGCCUCCACGCCGACUAUGGCUUCAUCGCCUGCCAAGGUUGCUACGGCCACCACCCCUAAGGGUCAGGCCAAGUUCAAGGACGCUGAGGCAACUGUUGGAGCCGGUACUGCCAUUCCGUUUGAAGCUAGUAUCACGUCAAAUCACCCAAUUACCAUGGAUGAAGACGACGUGGAGGAUCGCAUACAGCUUCAAGAUUUCCUAAACCUGACCAGUAUCAGGUUCAUGGAAUUGACAACCACGAAGAGGCGGCAUACAAUUGCCCCUAAUGCUACUGCACAGGACGGAUCAGAAGGCCAACUUGGAAAGGACGAUGGAUCAUUGGAAAAUUGCGUCGUCAGUGCUGCCUGCACUCUUCCCAUGCUUGAGUUGUUCCAACAUUCCUGCCGUGAGCUGAAGAAGUAUAUUUCUGAAGGCCGCAAGAUGGUUCGUGAAAUAGAGACGGAGACUUUUGACGAAAAUCCUCCUCUAUUCCAGGAAUACAUCUCUGCCACUCCAGAUGUGAAGAAGCUUAUGGAUAACCAAUUCCGAAACAUCAAGACUCAUUCGAGGCUGGUUAGUAAGGGCAUGUGGUAUGAGUGGCGAAUGAAGCUAUUGGAUGGCCUUCGAGAUGGCCUCAUCACAAUCGCAGAGGGCAUGAGUUCUGAUGCGGAAACUUUGGCCAAGCAGCAAGAACUACUCGACAACGUCGUUCCAGAACUUGUACAAAAGUAUGAGACAUUGCUCCAACAAGAGGCGGAUUUACAAACUUCAGCGGAAGAAAUCGCCAAUUGUAACCAAGAAGAUCUCGCCGAAGCGCGGGAGUGUCUCGUGGCCCUCGACGCCGAUAUUGAGUCAAAGAAAGCGUUCGUCCAAGAGCUACGCAGCCAAAUGGAAGACAACGAGACUCGCUUCAAGGCCGCAACCGAGAGGAAACAGGCCUGCCUCGAUGAAAUUCGUGAGGCUGACAAGAUCCGCGAAGAAUGCCGCGGAUGGACGGGCUCGGAGAUCGCAGCGCUGAAGGCAAAGGCAGACGCACUUGAGGAGAAAUACGGGUGGACUAUCACUGGAAUCUCAGGGACUACCCUCUCGUUGUCCCUUCGCAGUGACCUGGAGCUCGUAUUCGAUGCAUCGUCAUUCAGAACCAAGGAUGGUCAAGUGAAGAAUGCUCAGGCCAAUUCGCGCAUUGAUCUCUGGUACAUCGCUGCGAACCGUGAGCGUAAUCCCCUGCCGUUGACACCAGAGAAGGCCUUCUUUGUGGAGAGCAUCCGUGAUGGGAUCCGCGGUAUGCCGCAGUCACAGACGACGAUCAAGGAGCUCCUCGAUACUGUCAGCUUCGGCUGGGCUACAUCCCUCAAUGUCGUCGAAGGCAUCGAGGCAUUGAACCGCGUGUAUCCCACUGAUGUCGCAAAGACGAGCGAUGAGAGUAUCGUCAUCAAAUCGAGGAUGCUGCUCGCGUCGCUGGCUAGCAAAGUGGAGGUGAGCUACCAUGUCACGACGAAGAAUGGGGAAGAGGGACUUGAGGUACAGUUCAAUACCACGGCGCGGGUUGUGUAUGGCGAGAGAUUCAACGAGGAUAGCAUGGGGAGGUUUUUGGGCAAGGGGAUUGCUGAGGGACGGACCUGGGUGGAGGUUGUGAAGGAGUUGGAGGGGAGGCUGUUUGCGAGAGGGAAGAAGUGAAGGGGGUGAUUUGUAGAUGUCAGUCUUGUGUUUUGGCUUUGUUUAAAUAUCCAACUGUGGAUUUUGUGUAAGGCGUUUGGGGAUGGGGUAUGGGUGAAGCACCUAUGAGAGAACGCUUUUGUAGCGGGCUAUGAUGAGAUAUUAUUUUACGAAUACCCUAGCAACUAUGAACUACUUCAUUUUAUAUUGUCAUUUUAUAAUGAAAUCGAUG